AUGCAACUCUUGUACUUGUACAAUCUUUAUCAACAACCAAAAAUUGAAUCCGAGUCAUCAGCAAUAAAUUAUUAUAAUAAUUCAUCAAAUAAUAUGUUAACAGCAUCAUCUUAUGAUUUAAAUAAUUCUGUUGAAAAAGUAAACAUUGAUUUAAUUUCAUCUAUACAAGGUCAAUUAUCAACUACAACAGUUGGAACUAAUCAUCGUGGCAAUACACCAUCAAAACCUCCGUAUUCUUAUAUAAGUCUUAUUACAAUGGCUAUUCAACAUGCACCAACAGAAAUGGUUACAUGA